GAUCAACCAACCAGCUUGCCCAAAGAUGUUGGUCUGCAAACUUUGGAUCAAGUUGUAAACACGCUUACCGAUCCAGCGCUUAUGUAUGGAGCCAACGGCAAUAUACCCUACAAUCGAGCUACACUGACAACACUUUUGAAAGACUCUUUCGGCGGACGAGCACAAACCUUGCUAAUUUUGUGCGUUUCACCACUAGAACGCGAUUGUAAUGAAACCAUUUGCAAUUUACAAUUUGCUUUCAAAAUCCAAUGUGUGCGAAAUUAUGUGAUUAUGAAUACGUUUUCGGAUGAUAACACACCUAUAUCACCAGAAGCUUUGGUGCCUGAAUUACCAGGAGGCGGUGGACCUUGUCUUCCUGUAGGAACAGAUACAUUUGGGUUGCAGUUCGCAGCCAGCCAGUGGUAUAAAUUGGUGGCAAAUGCAGAGGGCCUCUUCUCUAAAUUGGCUGCUUCAAACGCCGUCACUGAACUAGACAAAGAGCAAAUAGAAGAGUGGCUUUACUUGAAGCAAGAAUGCGAGGAGUGUUUGAGCUCUGCUGAAGCUCUACGCUCACAGAAGCAAUUGGGACCAAUACAAGAAGCAGACGAGCCUGAGGAGGCAAUAAGCGAGCCAGAAACUUCUUUGCAACAAAACUCGGACAAUGAUUCCGAUUGCGAAUCCCAGCGGCCAGAUUUGAUGGAAAAGCUACAGAUUUUAAUGGAAGAAUUACGUCUGAAGACGGACACUUUGAUACAGGACAAAUAUAAAGAAUUUUUGCAAAGUCAACCGAAGGCGGUUAUGGAAAGCCAGGACAGCUUAAGGCACAAAGAGUCGGCGCACAGCAUGGAGUUGGUGUUGAGUGAGCAACCUCCGCCUAGAGAAAAGUUGGACGAACGCAAAACAUCCAUUGGUGGACGGCGGCGAUCUAUCCAACCUGGCGCUAGUCUCUCCAGUGCUGAAAUUGCCAUGCUGAAUCGCGUAGCUUCACGUGAACAAGCAGCACCCAAAGAAGUCGACGAUUUUCUCGAAAGUUCAGGUGACCUACAGAACGCCUCACAGCUGCGUGCUGCAAUCAAUUCACCACUUGAAAAUAUGCAGAAGAAAUUGCGCAAAUUGGACACAGAUAUCGAAGCACGGCAAUGUCAAAUACAGGAGGUGGAGCAAACCAUGCAAUUGAAGCAGAAUAUUAUCACAGAGCUUGUGAAAAACAGUGAUACACGCUCCACCGCCAAGCAGCGUUUCCAUAAGAAAAAGUCCAAGCUCGAGUCCGAGUAUGAAAAGACUAAAAAGCAAUUGGCCAAGGCAAUAGUACAGGGCAAGGAGAAGUCUGAAGUAGAAAGAUUGCGCGCUUUAAUCGCCCACAUAGAGCAGCGCCUGCAAGAUCUCGCUUCAAUGAAGCACAUUGCCGGCGAAAGUGGGCAAAAGGUGAAGAAGCUGCAGCAUUCUAUACACGAGUCUAAAAAGGUCAUCGAUGAGCUGCAAAAGAAGUUAAAGAAAGAUCGUAAACAACGCGAACAAUUAGAGCACGAGUUAAAGGUACUAAAAGAGAAGGAAAAUAGUGGCAAUGGCAACAAAGCACUAGUAAAAUUAGACCCAAACGCUUUCAACAAUGGUGAAGAUGCAGAGCGCGGCAAGAAUCUGAAAGAGGUUCAGGCCCGCAUUUCGCACUUGGAUCACGUAUUGCGCGAGAAAUCAGAGAAUCUGGAGCAAUAUGGUGAUACCGCUGAGGGCACUGGCGAAAAAGAGGGACUACGGCAUGAAAUACGCAAUCUGAGGCGCACGCGGGAUCAUCUACUCGAGCAGCGUUGCACGCUCGAUCGCAAGCUGAAGCGCGACAAAAUGCUUUCACAUCGUGAGGAGCGCAAGCUACUCGAAUGCGAUGAGGCUAUUGAAGCCAUCGAUGCAGCAAUUGAAUUCAAAAACGAGCUUAUUUGCGGACACAAAUCCAUUGAUACCAGCGAACGAGUGCAACGCGAAAAGGGCGAACAAAUGCUGAUGGCACGUCUAAAUAAACUUUCGCCAGAGGAGAUGCGCACGCUGUUAUAUAAGUACUUCACAAAAGUGAUUGAUUUGCGCGAUUCAUCGCGCAAGCUGGAAGUGCAGCUAAUGCAACUGGAACGAGAACGUGACGCUUGGGAAUGGAAAGAGCGUGUACUUUCGAAUGCAGUAAGGCAGGCGCGAUUAGAGGGUGAACGCAAUGCAGUGCUAUUGCAGCGACAACAUGAAAUGAAACUUACAUUAAUGUUGCGUCAUCUCGCCGAGGAGACAUCAGCAUCGACUAGCUCGGUGAGUUUCAGUGAAGCACAACAGCAGCAUCAGCAGCAGCAACGUUACUUGCGACCCACAAACUUAGCGCUAACACAUCAGCAACAACAAAUGCAUACAGCUGGCGGUGCUAUGAACACAUCAUCACAGUAUUCCGACACUGAUCUCGAUUUAGAUUUCUAUAAGAAAGCUCCUAUACCGGUGAGUGGUAAAAUUUUAAAGCCUCCCAAGCAUGGUGAAAUGGAAAUAUGUCCAUUGCCCGAUGCUUUGGCUAAAUACAAACCGUUGGAUAAGUUAAAGGAGAAGGAGCGUGAAUCGAAGAACAAACUAUUUGCCAAAUUUCAAGUGCUCACACGCUAUGCUGGUCAGUCGGUAACUGCCGCAGCCGCUGGUUGCGCUGCGGACGAACCGGCCGGCGGUAGUGGCCGUAAGAAGGAUAAAGCGCAGCAGCUGGCUGCAGCCAUACCACAAGAAAAUCUAAAACGCUUAAUUUCGACACCUCCCGCCACAAAAGUGACACGUCAGAAGAAUAAGAUCAUCAUACAGGAUGCAACGCGCAAAAAUUAGGCGAAGUAUGAAUGAUAGGAGGGUGAGCAUUUGCAGCUAAUAUAUUAUUAAAGUAGAAGAGAAAGAGGGAAAGAUAAUGAAAAGGUUUAACAUUACAGUUACAUUUUUUAUUACAGUUGUGUCUUUCUGCCCUUAGCUAACCAUGACCUAACUUGAUGUAUUUCUACCUAAAGUCUGCUAAGUCUGUCUAAUCAGUAUGCGUUUUUUCACAAAACACACUUCCAUCCUUUCAGUUUAAAGUAGCAAUAUUGAGUUAUUUUUAUAUUUUUUAUACAUAUGUAUGUAUGUUUCAAAUGUACAACUUCGUUGUAUGCAUUUCAAAAUGUAUCAUGUCUUUUCUUAACUUUGAAAUUAUACACAUUUUUUUACGUUAUUGUCGAUACGAAUGAAUAUUGUGUUUUAUCGGUAGCUUACCAAAUAUUAUCAGGUUGUUUUAAAAGCGUUUACUCAUUGUUUCCCUAUGUGUUUGGUGCUUUUGUACUUAUAAAAUAUUUGUUUCAAAUAUUUUUACAUAUUUUGGGGCUCAAUAUACAUAUUUUCGUGAAUUAUUUUAAUUUAACUUAAAACAUUUGUUAAUUUUUACAUAUUUAUAGUGUUUUAUAGUGAAGCAAGAGUAACAAUAAACGUCGUAAAGAAUUUUAAGUCAUUUAAGAUUCAUUAAGAGGAGUUCCCUUAAGCAGAAAUCUCAAAAACGUCGCAAAUUUUCAAACUUUGACUGAGCUGUUAAAAUCUUCAUGUAAAAUACAUUCUGAGUCUAAAAAUUUACAGUUAUUCUGAGUUGAAUAGAUUCGUAGAAAUACUUUUCAUUGAAAAUCCAAAUUACAUACAUAUAUACGUAUGUAUGUUCGUAGCAAAUUUAAUAUAAGCGAUUCCCUUAAAUUACGAAAAAUAAAAACUCAAAAACACGAAAAAUCUUUAUAGUAAUUUUAAAAAAUUGUUACAAUUUUCUAAUGUUUUUGAGGUAAAUUGAUCUGGCGAAAUCUUAGAAGUUUCAGUUUCAUAUUUUUCAAAUUAAAAGAAACCGCUUAAAUAAUGUCGUGUUUCCACUGGACAUUAAAUCACAAAAUCGCAAAUUCUUGAUCGAGCGAAAUUUCAAGAGUUUUAUGUUUUCUUAUUUUUCAAACUUAAAGAAAUCGUCUAAAUUGUGUCGGAUUUCCCCUGAACAUUAAAUUAUUGAUCUGGCGAUAUUUUAAGAGUUUCAAGUUUUAUAUUUUUGAUACUUAAAGAAAUCACCUAAAAAAUUCCGUAUUUCCACUAGACAUUAAAUCAAA